UUCAUAAUAUUCGUGGACAUCAAAUAACAGCAGAUACUUUAUUAAGUAUUGAUAUUGAUCAACAAUUAGCAUUUAAUAUUUUUAAUAAUUUACUUAAUUCAGAAAAAAAUAUUUUAUUUGAAAGAAAAUUUAAUCCAAAUUUUAAUAAAAAUAAUUUAAAACUAAUUUCAAUUGAUUAUCAAUUAGAAUAUAAUUUAAUAGAAAAAUAUUUAUAUGAAAAAAAAUUUAUUAAUGAAGAAAAUAUGAAAUUAUUUUAUACAGAAAUGCCAAAUCGUCAAGAUUUUUGGAAAUUAAUGAUUAAAAAUGAAAUAUUUACAAAUUGUAAAGAAAUAUAUUUAAUUUCUAAUAAUGAAAUAGAAAAUGAAAAUUAUAAUGAAUUAAUAUUGAAUAAAUCAAAAGAUAAAUUGAUAAUAUUUUUUGAAAAAAUAAAUUGGAAAAAUAUUG